GGGCCGUGUGGGGGGGGGGGGAAGUCUCGCGCGCGGAUCUCGCGCCACCUCUCGCGAGAGUUCGCCUGGAGGAGACUACAAGAUGGCGCCGCGUCGGCAGCUGUAAGAGUCGAGGCGACUCGGGCCCGGCACCAGCAACAACAACAACAACAGCAGCAGCAGCGGCAGUGGCGGCGUCGGGCGGAGGGCGGCGCGUUGAGUGGGACGCGAGCGAGGUGCGAGGUCCUUCAAAAAGAAUGAAUCAUUCGCUUGACAACGCCGUUUCCUAUGAAGAGCUGGUGCGACUCAAGGCGCGCGCCAUCCCGCAGAACCGCAUGAAGGAGUUCCUGGACUCGCUGAGCGGCAAGAGCCCAGAGGCACUGCAGCAGUUCACGUCUCCGCAGAUGUACCAGGCUCCGGGGCACUGCAUCUACUCCGAGAACGCCGACGUGGCCGGCUCCUUGCUCGAGCUGGCCCGGCCCAUCAGCUCCCCGCUGCAGCAGGACGGGCAGCCGGGUGGCCAGUCGCCGCAGAUGCAGCUGCAGAUGAAGCAGCAGCAGCAGCAGCAGAUGCAGUGUCCGAUCAGCGGCCUGCAGGCGGAGUCACCUCAGAGCCAGACCAAGCAGGCGCACCAGAUACAGUUGCAGCAAAUCCGAGAGGUGCAGCUCUCGCAGCAGCUGACGGUGCAGCAAGUUCAGCAGCUGCAGCAGGGCCAGGCCGUGCAUGCACAGCAGCAGCAGCAGAUGCAGCAGAGCCACGGUUCCCCUCCCCAGGGCGGCUCACCGCCUCACGAACAGACAGUGGCCAAGGUGGGCGAGCGGAGGCCCAGCUCUUCGGGCGUUCCCCAGCCCGUCAAGAAGCGCAAGGUGGACAUGCAGGCGAGCGUGUCGUACACCAUCGCCCAUCACCACCAACAACAACAACAGCAGCAGCAGCAGCAGCCCAUGCACAACGCCGUGGCGACAGUGCUGACGCUGCCCUCGCAAAACCAACAACAGCAGCAGCAGAAUUACAUCCCUGUGCAUCAGGAACUACUGACGGUGGACAGCAGCCAGCUGUACGCCUCCAACGCAAUCUCGCCCUCGCAGACAGAAACGUGGGCCAUUUACACGCCGCACGCGGGCGCUUGUGGGGACGCACAGGGCCACACCAGCCUGCCACAGGAGGCCUACAGCAUCGUGCAGGUCACCCCCGGGCAGGCCACCGUGCUGGGCCUCAGGGGCCCCGGGGUCGGUGCCGAUGACAAAGACAACCAGUCGGUCGUCUCGAAAACGACGCAGGAGGUCAUCCACGCCAUCGGCACGCCGGUGUUUGCCUCGCAGUUCGUCAACGGUAGCAUCCAGCUGCCCGUGGCCGUGCAGGCCGGCGGGAACAUGUACACCUCGCAGGCCACCCAGUACUGGGAGCCCCACCAGCAGCUGCAGGUGAGGGGUGGUGGGUGGGGGGGGGCCGCGGUCCAUUGGGCCACGCACUCGACGCUCCCGUCGCGAGCGAGCGCGGUGUGGAGUGGCGUCGAACGAGAGACCGCAUUGCCCCAGGCCCCCUCGGAGCAGCCGGCGCCCCCCGCCGUGGAGCUGGGACAGCCAGAGCCGGCGGCCCCCCCGGAUAUGAUCCUGGACGAUUCCCUGAAGCCGGAGGAGGGGAUGGCCUUCUGGAGGCAGUGGGCACAGAACAAAAACGCCGAGAUCACCAAGGAGGCCAGCAGCAAGCCCCCCACCAGGAGGCCGCCGUUGAAGUUCAAGGAGGAUCUGCUGUCGGCCGCGGUGGCCGAGCUCAACUAUGGCCUCUGCCUGAUCGCGCGCGAGUCUCGGCGCGCUGACGGCACGCCCUACCCCUCCGAUGCGCUCUACCUGCUUUUCCUCAACAUCCAAAAGUUCAUGUUCGACAAUGGCCGCGUGGACAAUAUCUUCACCGACCUCUACUACAUGAAGUUCACCGAGCAGCUGCACGAAGUGCUCAGGGACUGGCAGCCCAAAGUGAGCCCGCUCGGGUUUAUCAUUCCGAGCCAGAUCACGGAGGAGAUGCUGUGGGAAUGCAAGCAGCUGGGAGCUCAUUCCCCAGCCACGCUGCUCAACACUCUCAUGUACUUCAACACAAAGUACUUCAUGCUGAAGACGGUGGAGCAGCACGCCAAGUUGGCGUUCUCGCGCGUACUCAAGCAGACCAAGAAGAACCCGAACAGCGUGAAGGACCGCACGGCCAGCAUCCGCUACCUGCGCAACUACGGGCAGAUCCAGGCCGGGCAGAAAAUCACGGAUGACAUGUACGCCGAGCAGCCCGAGAACGUCGAGAACCCGCUCCGCUGCCCCAUCAAACUCUACGACUUCUACCUCUUCAAGUGCCCCCAGAGCGUCAAGGGCAAGAGCGACAUCUUCUACUUGACGCCGGAGCCCGUGGUUGCGCCCAACAGCCCCAUCUGGUACUCGGCGCAGCCCGUGGGCGCCAGCGGAAUGGAGCAGAUGCUGGCGCGCAUUCUGCUGGUGCGGGAGGUGCAGGACGCUCACUCUAGCGCUGGCCUGCACUGAGGCGGCGGCGGCAGCAGCAGAGGAGGCUGCGCGCUCGGCCUUGCAUGCGGCCCGCGGCCGGCCCCGCCGCGGCGGCACGCGACGGCACGCGGCCUCCGUCGCUGUGCGGACAGGACGACUCCUCGCGCCGACGCGGCCGUGGCCGCCCGUGGCGGUGGGGGCCCGGUGAACCGCCGCGGCCACCCGCACUGCCGCCAAGCCACCCGCCACCCCCCUCCCCGUCCUCCGCCGUCUCGCGCCAGGCGCGGUGCGGCCGUCGACGGGCACGGGCGUUUGUCGAACGGUCCCGGACACGGUUAGGGGUCCCUUGGCGACGCUCUCUCGGUCGCGUGUGCGGCGCCCGACGCCGUGCUGCCCAGCGAAUCGAUACGCUCCCCCAUGUCGGCGCGCGGGGACCCGGCUGCUUCCGACGGGGUUCGGCGCACACGUGCGGCCGUCGCGCAGGAAGAGUCGGCGCCGCUUGUAUAUAACCGCGCGGUGCCGACGGCCCCCCACGCCACCCCACCCUACCCACCGCCCGUGCCGCCAGGAGCAGGUGAGUAUUGGGCACGGAACGUGGCCCUGAUGCAUGCAUUUUACCGGUGGCGUCAAGAGGUCGGCCCCACUCAGCCGUGUGCCGUCGGCUCUGCUCUUAAGUGUUUUCUGAAUCGGCUGCCUUGCUAACCGCUUCUCUUCUCCCCCGUGCUUCUGCCGCUGGCGGGUUUGUAACGACCCCUUGCACCUUAGUCCGCCGUGGGCGGGUGGGGGGGCCCCCGAGUCCCCCCUCCCCUCCGCGGAUUCACAUCUAGAUCCGCGUGUGGGUUCUGUACUCCCGCGCCCCUCUAUUUUUUUUACACUUGCUGAGCACAGACCCCAACGGCCAGCAGCAGCAGCAGCAAACAUCGCUCCAAUAAGAAUCGACGUGUUUCUUGAUUUGAGCAAUGUUUCGAUUUAAAGCUUUCGUGACUGCAGGGAUUCAUCUUCUUGGUUCUUUCGGUAAAGUCACGUGACUUUGCCGAAAGAACCAAGAAGUUGAGCAAUUUUACCGAUAUUAGAGCUUGGGAUAAGAGACAGUGGGGAGGGAAUUCCAAAUUGGAGCAGUGUGAGGAAAAGCAGCAAAGAGAAGUGUUGUGACCUGCAGGAGUAGUUGGGUGGCUGGGUGAAUGGGUCGGUGGGUUGGCUGGGCGAGUGGGUGGGUGGCUGGGUGAGUGAUCUACAGUGUGGAUGAGGUGAAGCUGUCCCUGUGGAGUGUUUGCUGUGGGAGAACCUGGGAGGGGGGUGUGAGGGUAGCCCCCAUCUCCCGGCGUCUGGGCUGUACCUGCUCCCCCACCAUGCUCACCCCACACCACCCUCUGCCUCGUGUUCAUCCCCACCGUGAUCACGCAACCCCCAAUCGCAGCACCGCAGACACAGGGUCCGAGUGGAAGCCAUUCAUCCAGUGAGACACCACGCUCGUUAACACUACAGUGUGCCGCUAGCUGGGCGGUCGUGUCGCAGCACGGGUUAUGCUUUCAGUGGCUGUUCUUGACAGCUGGUGUCCUCGCUCCCCCCCCCCAAAAUUCCCUCAUCUGCAGGGUGUCCCCUCGCCGUACAUCUGGGGCCCGCGUGGCUGACUUGUACAAUAAACUUGUGGCUUGACUAAAUCUGAUGGUAAAGGCCACUGCUUCUUAGUAAAUCUACUCGAACAACUGCCUCCGCACGGGGCGAGCGGGCGGGUGGCCAACGUGGGGGGCCCGAUGCUUCGUGCGCUCACAUUGGUUGGCGGCCGACAUAGGUGACAUUCCUAUCGUGGCACGAGAGCCGUGUUUCUAAUACAUGUAUGAAAAUAUUUUUAUAAAGUUAUUUUGUAACCGUUGAGUAGCUCGCAAGGCAAGGGUGUCCUUCCUGCUGUAGGCCUCCUGGUGGUGUGUUUUCCGUGUAAUCGGUUUAGACGCAUACAUGUAAUCCUAAUUAGUUUAUCUUGUGUAAGUUUCAAGGUAAUAAAAGUUCGCCGAGUUUGCAAAUUAAAGUGAUUUCCCAAGCGCA